GUAAGCUUGCUGGGGAGAGUGUUAUGCGCAGGCGCAGCUCUCACUGCCGCUCUCUACCUGAUCCGCAGAGUGUGUUUAAUCAUGGCCUGGAAAUCAGGAGGAGCCAGCCAAGCGGAGCUCGUCAACAACCUCCGCAAGAAUGGCAUCAUUAAGUCGGACCGUGUGUAUGAAGUCAUGCUAACCACAGAUCGAGCCCAUUUCUCCAGAUGUAAUCCUUAUAUGGAUUCUCCACAGUCUAUAGGAUACCAGGCAACUAUCAGUGCACCACAUAUGCAUGCAUAUGCACUGGAGUUGUUACAUGAUCAGCUAUAUGAAGGUGCCAAAGCCCUGGAUGUGGGAUCAGGCAGUGGCAUCCUGUCAGUCUGUUUCGCCAGAAUGGUGGGGCCAAAGGGAAAAGUCAUUGGGAUCGAUCACAUAAAGGAACUGGUGGACGACUCGGUCAACAACGUUAAGAAGGACGACCCGACACUGAUAUCAUCAGGACGCAUCAAACUUCUUGUUGGCGAUGGCAGGUUGGGCUAUCCGGAGGAGGCGCCCUAUGAUGCGAUACACGUCGGAGCUGCAGCUCCCUCUGUUCCACAGGCUUUACUGGACCAGCUGAAGCCCGGCGGGCGGCUCAUCCUGCCAGUCGGACCAGCUGGAGGGAACCAGAUGCUGGAGCAGCAUGACAAGCUGGAGGACGGCAGCACCAAAAUGAAGCCCCUCAUGGGGGUGAUUUAUGUGCCUUUAACAGACAAAGACAAGCAGUGGUCCAGGUGGAAGUGACUUCCUGUCCCUCUCUUCCCCCUCCCUCCUUUCCCCAGGGAACAGGGAUGAACUCUGAAACAACAGUCUGGCAAUAUUCACCAUCAUACAUGCAAGUACACACCACACACACACCACACACACACGCAGCAUCCAUCUGGACUUAACAACUAACGACAAGAUGGUAUACGGACGAUGAAGAAAAGCCACGCUCUCUGCACACUCGCUCUUGGGACAGUCUGACCGCCGUGUGGCCGACAAGCCCUCAGGAUGGACGACUUUAAAAAGGCUGCUUUAAAAAAAGAAAGGGGGAAAAACCCUAAACGAGCGGCUUUGUUUUGACAUUUCAUCUCUGCAGUUUGCUUUGGGUUUGUGAAUUGUUCUUUUUCUCUUUGUUGAUUUGCAGGUGCACUUUUUUUUUUGUGAGAACUACAGUAUUGCAGCUGUUUUUUUUUUUUUUUUUUUUGGCAUUUGUUUACAUGUGUUUCAGCUUGUUUGGAGCUGGUGCUGUUUCUCAUUUGGACUAUAGGAAUAGGCGUGAUCUUAAAGCUACUAAAGGGUGAUUCCACAUGCCAUUUUCUGCCCGUGUUAAAGGGGCGCCCCUGAAAUCAUGCUGAAUGAUUUUUGUUGAGCGUGUGGAACGGUCUGAAAUUUUGGCUGGGAAUAUUUUUUAAUUUUUUUCCUCCUUUUCUUUCUUUCCCCCCUUCAACCUCACAAUGCUGUUUUUGUUUCUGCGAAUUUAUUUCAAAGAAUUCCACACUAUUAGGCUACAUUUACCAGAAUCUGGAAGAAGGAAAAAAAAAAACACUAAAAUAAUGAUGUAAAUCUAAAGAUCAAAUUCAGUCAACUUGGUUUGCGCAUCAUCGAGAUGAGUUUCUUUGGAACGUGCGAAGCGGCGUGUACAGUCCUCCGAGCCUCUGCUCCGCUCUAAAUCCCCAUCAAAUCCCACAGCUGCAGUACAAUUUAGCGUAGAUGUGCUCAGACUGGUAUGACACUAUUUUAACCUGAAGUGAUUAACAAACAGCUCGUUGCUAAUGCCAUCCUAGAACAAUUGCUUACGUUUGCGCUGUCCAACACGCUGCAAAGGUUCACACCACGUUCAGCAAGCACAUGCGUGUUAAACACACUCUUUUUCUCUAUCUCUCUCUAUCUCUCUUACAUAUACACAGGGCUGAGCUUGUGAGUCCUCUUCCACUGUGGACAUGCUGGCUGUCACCAUGCUGAUUGUGACACGUGGCUUUGUACAAAUAAAAUCCAAUGCAGUGCAAA